AUGCCACUGCAGGAGGAGACCCUUCGGGAAGUGUGGGCCUCAGACAGCGGCCCUGAAGAGGAGUGGCUGAGCCCCGAGCCCCCGCUGCGCCCCAAACAGCGACCCGCCCAGGGACAGAAGUUGAGGAAAAAGAAACCCGAGACCCCCGAGUCCCCGGAAUCCAAACCUGGCCGCAAAGCUGGGGCUGGGCGCAGGAAGCCUGGGGAGCCGCCCGCAGACCCCGCUGAGCCGCACCCUGCGCAGACAGUCUACGCCAAGUUUCUUCGGGACCCCGAGGCCAAGAAGCGGGACCCCCGAGAAACCUUCCUGGUUGCCCGCGCCCCAGACGCGGGAGGCGAGGAGGAUUCGGAGGAUGAUGAUGAUGACGACGAUGAUGAUGAUGAUGAUGAAGAGGAGAAGAAAGAGGGGAAAAAAGAGAAAAGCUCUCUGCCCCCCAAGAAAGCACCCAAGGAGAGAGAGAAGAAAGCCAAGGCUCUGGGCGCAAGAGGGGACGCAGGAAGCCCUGGUGCCCCUCGGAAACCGCCCGGAACCAAGAAGAAGGAGGCAGGGGAGGGAACCAAGCUGAGAAAGGCAAAGAAAAAAGGGUCUGGGGAGACUGACAAGGACCCCGCGGGGAGUCCCGCGGCCGUGAGGAAGAAGAUUCCAGCUGCCAUGUUCCUGGUUGCGGAAGGCGGAGCAGCUGAGAAGGGCGUGAAGAAGAAAGGCCCCCCUAAAGGCUCAGAGGAGGAGAAGAAGGACGAAGAGGAAGAAGAGGAGGAGGAGGAUGCACCCGCAAUCAAGAACAGCAAGCAGAAGGGCAGAGCGAAGGGGAAAGGCAAACAGAAAGUUAAGGAGGAGAGAGCCCCAUCUCCCCCUGUGGAAGUGGGUGAACCCCGGGAGUUUGUGCUGCAGCCAGCACCCCAGGGCCGGGCAGUCCGCUGCCGGUUGACCCGGGACAAGAAGGGCAUGGACCGCGGCAUGUACCCAUCCUACUUCCUGCACCUGGACUCGGAGAAGAAGGUGUUCCUCCUGGCCGGCAGGAAACGCAAGCGGAGUAAGACGGCCAACUAUCUCAUCUCCAGCGACCCCACCAACCUGUCCAGGGGAGGGGAGAAUUUCAUCGGGAAGCUGAGGUCUAACCUCCUGGGGAACCGCUUCACGGUCUUUGACAGCGGGCAGAACCCACAGCGAGGGGGAGGUGGUGACGUGGGAAGCCUGCGCCAGGAGCUGGCAGCUGUGGUCUACGAAACCAAUGUUUUGGGCUUCCGAGGACCCCGCCGUAUGACUGUCAUCAUCCCCGGAAUGAACUCGGACAACGAAAGAGUCCCUAUCCGGCCCCGAAAUUCCAACGACGGGCUGCUAGUGCGCUGGCAGAACAAGACGCUGGAGAGCCUCAUUGAACUCCACAACAAACCGCCCAUCUGGAACGAAGACAGCGGCUCCUACACCCUCAACUUCCAGGGCCGGGUCACCCAGGCCUCCGUCAAGAACUUCCAGAUUGUGCACGCUGACGACCCCGACUACAUAGUGCUGCAGUUCGGCCGCGUGGCUGAGGACGCCUUCACCCUGGACUACCGGUACCCGCUGUGCGCCCUGCAGGCCUUCGCCAUCGCCCUCUCCAGCUUUGACGGGAAGCUGGCCUGCGAGUGA